GACAUGAACAAGCAAGAUUUGCGCUCGUGUAUUGUCGAUAGACCUCGUUUUGUAGUGUGAUCUCAGCGCCACGAGCGGCACUCUUGACACUAGCCAGUUGAGAAAAUUGACUCAUCCGUGUUCGUGUAGUUCUAUAUCUCCCCAACUUCAUAAAGAAAAAUGGGUGUACCUGCAGGAAACGCUGAGAAUGGCAAGAAGAUCUUUGUCCAGAGAUGCGCACAGUGCCACACAGUAGAGGCUGGCGGCAAACACAAAGUAGGCCCCAACCUCCACGGCUUCUUCGGACGCAAGACUGGACAGGCCGCAGGAUUCUCAUACUCAGACGCCAAUAAGGCCAAGGGUAUCACCUGGAAUGAGGACACCCUAUUUGAAUACCUGGAGAACCCCAAGAAAUAUAUCCCCGGAACCAAAAUGGUGUUCGCCGGUCUGAAGAAGCCCAACGAACGCGCGGACCUCAUCGCGUACCUCAAGAGCGCGACUAAGUAAUCAAACUAAUUAUUAGGAAAAUUACAGAAUAAGAAGCAUUUUCCAUUAUGUUACUGGAAUCUUCUUCUGUUCAUAGUCCAAUCAGUAUCAUUUAACUAAUGUAUUUGCAAUGUUAUUGCGCAAUAGUUACCUAUUUCAUGUCAUCAUACCUAGGGUAUACUUGUAAUUAUGUUAUCAGACAUUUAUUUAUUAAGAAUAUCUACUAGCGACCCGCCCCAACUUCGAACACAACAACAGCAUCGAACCAAUUAUACACCUAAACCUUCCUCAAAAAUCUCUCUUGAUUAGAUGAAAACCGCAUGAAAUUUCGUUCAGUACUUUUUGAGUUUAUCGCGAACAUACAUACAGACAAACUGACGGCGGCGGGGGCCUUUGUUUUAUAAGGUGUAGUGAUUUCGUGUUGUUCUGAGAUGAUCACCUCGCUAACAUAAGAUGUUUUUAGGUACUUGUGAGUGUGAUUUAAAUGUUAAUAAAUUAUUAAUAGUGAUCACCAAAAAGCUUUUCAUUUGUAUUAUGUACGAGAGAAUAGACAUUGUUUAAUUAUUUAUUUUAUGAAUAAAAAUUGUUCGCUU